CAUACAAACUAAAAAUUAAAACCAAUAUUUCUCAACAAUUACAUAUUAACAAAGAUCACUCAUCGAAAUGGGAGGUGAAAAGCUAGCCACUGCACUCACCAUUACAAUGAUUGUUCUCAUGGCCUUCAACAGUUCUGGAACGAUGGCUCAGGAGUUUGGGGGAGCACCAGCACCUUCCCCAUCAAUGCAGAGCGAUGGAAUGGCAUUGCAGGUUCCUGCUUUACUUGCAGCCAUCGUGUCUUUGGCAGCUUGCCUCUUCUAAAUCUCAGCAGAUAUUUUUCUAGCAUCUUUCUCGUUAUCAACAUUUUCUCUCUUUCAAACUUGUAUUUCCAGCGUUUAGCUAUUCAUUUGUUACAAAAAUUUGCUUUCUAACAAUUCCAUUUAUAUAUUCUCUUA